AUGGGAGUGGGAGGUAUCCUAGAACCUCUGGUCGUUGUCGUUCUCCUCUUCGGAGGUACAUGGAUCAAUCGGACCAAGAGUUCCUCUUCAUAUCCAGCCAGGAUUCGUCGAAAAUCCGUCGAUUAUUCCCGUUCUCCGUCGCCCGAUUAUCUUGAGUCGGGUCCUCCCAGUCCAACUGCCAAAGAUGGCUUGCUUGGCUCGGGAUCAACAUUGACGUCUGGUGAGGGUCGAUGGCGCAAGCGCAGAAUCGGGUUCUUUUCGUCUACCACCGAGGUCACGACUCCAAACACUGCUGUCUUUCAGGACCGUCUUCUCAGUCGUCUGCUUAGACGGCUUCCUUUCCUUGUCGAAUGUUGGUAUUGGGCAUUGGUUUACUGGACAUACCAAUUAGGUCGAGCAUUCACAGCGGUCACCCUCCAAGAAGGAACGGUCAAUGUGGCGAGGAAACAUGCGUUGCAAGUGGUUGAGAUCGAGCAGAAAUUAGGUAUCUUUUGGGAGGUUCCUAUUCAGCAAUUCUUUAUGCGACACCCGCUAUUGAUGACAUGGAUCAACUGGAUUUACUCCUUCAUCCAUAUCCCUGGAACCAUCGCCUUCCUCGUCUGGCUAUACUAUUACACCACCACGCAGAACAGAUUGGGCGAGUCGCAACCCGGAAAGCCUCGAGGUGAAGCGAACGGUUCUCCAGCAGGCCCGCUCCUAUACCAAGCCAGACGUCGCACGCUAGCCGUCUGUAACCUUCUUGCCUUUGUGGUUUUCACUCUAUGGCCCUGUAUGCCACCCCGUCUGCUGAGUGAUGAGAGUGUCGAGGGCCCCGAGGGAAAGUUGGCCCGUAGUUAUGGCUUUGUCGACACUGUGCAUGGUGUUGGAGGUGCAGGCAGCGUUUGGACCCAAAAUCGAUUCUGCAACCAAUACGCGGCCAUGCCAUCCUUGCAUUUCGGAUAUUCCCUUAUGAUCGGACUCACCAUCAUGAGCAUUCCGCUGCCAUCUCACCAACGCCGGGCUAGCUCGCGUUUCCGGGUGCUGGGACUGCAGCUCCCAUCCUGGCGUCGAUUCGUAUGCCUCGUCGCAGGAUUCUCAUACCCGUUCAUCAUCCUGGUCGCCAUUGUCGCAACAGCCAACCACUUCAUUUUGGACGCCGUUGCUGGGACAGUGGUCUGCGCCUUGGGCUGGAGAUUUAACCGAAUGCUGUUGAACCUCAUCCCGCUGGAAGAUUACUUCCUCUGUGUCGUCCGGAUAUAUAAGCCCGACCCUGCGGUUAGCGAGGUUGAGGAUGCUGACGAUUCCUGA